AUGGUGCCAGAAUGCCCCUACCCAUUGCUGGGCAGAGACCUCCUGUCCAAAGUUGGGGCACAAAUUCACUUCUCAGAAAAUGGGGCCUCAGUUACUGACAAUACUGGCCAGGCUCUUCAAAUUCUAACUUUAAGAUUGGAGGACGAACACAGACUGUUUGAACUGCCUCCUCCCCCGGAGCUGCCCAUCGAUAACAAAUGGCUCCGUGAUUUCCCCCAGGCCUGGGCGGAAACCGCAGGUAUGGGGCUGGCAAGCAAUCAACCUCCUUUGAUAAUAGAGUUAAAACCAUCAGCCACUCCAGUUUCCAUAAGACAAUACCCCAUGAGCCGCGAGGCCCGAGAAGGAAUCAGGCCCCACAUUCAGAGACUUUUAACAUUGGGCAUCUUAAAGGCCUGCCAUUCCCCCUGGAACACACCUCUUCUCCCAGUAAAGAAGCCAGGCACAGGGGACUACAGACCAGUCCAAGACUUAAGGGAAGUUAAUCGCCGCACUCUAGACAUUCAUCCUACGGUGCCCAAUCCUUAUAAUCUCUUAAGUACCCUGCCUCCGACCCAUGUAUGGUACUCAGUACUUGAUUUAAAAGAUGCUUUUUUCUGUCUGAGACUUAGCCCUCAGAGCCAGCCAUUGUUUGCCUUUGAAUGGAAAGAUCCUGAUUCAGGAGUUUCUGGGCAGCUCACCUGGACGAGACUACCCCAGGGAUUCAAGAAUUCUCCAACUCUAUUUGAUGAGGCCCUACACCAGGAUCUGGCCAGUUUUCGCACCGCCAAUCCAGAGGUAAUCUUACUCCAAUAUGUAGAUGACCUCCUGCUGGCCGCAGAGACUGAGCAAAAAUGCCUCAGAGGGACUCGAGCCCUACUCACCAGAUUAGGUGAACUGGGCUACAGGGCAUCUGCUAAAAAGGCACAGAUCUGCAAGAAGCAAGUAGCCUACCUGGGGUACCUCUUGGAGGGUGGACAGAGAUGGUUAACAGACAGUCGGAAGCAGGCCGUGGCACAAAUUCCCCCUCCCAAAGGGGCGCGAGAGGUCCGAGAGUUUCUGGGAACUGCCGGUUUCUGUAGGUUAUGGAUACCGGGUUUCGCUGAAAUGGCCGCCCCACUGUAUCCGCUUACCAAAGCCAACGUCCCUUUCUUCUGGGGAGAGGACCAACAACGGGCUUUUGAUAAAAUAAAAAGGGCCCUCCUUUCGGCCCCUGCUUUGAGUCUCCCUGAUGUCACCAAACCAUUCACCUUAUACGUAGAUGAGAACAAGGGAGUAGCAAAAGGGGUGCUGACUCAGAAACUGGGACCCUGGAAAAAACCAGUGGCUUACAUCUCCAAAAAGAUGGACAAUGUGGUGACAGGAUGGCCCCCUUGCCUCCGUAUGGUAGCAGCUGUAGCUACCCUGGUCAAAGAUGCAGACAAAUUGACUCUGGGCCAACCGCUGACUAUAAUAGCACCUCAUGCUUUAGAGACUAUAAUUCGUCAACCCCCUGAUAGAUGGCUCUCGAAUGCCCGUAUAACCCACUACCAGUCGUUAUUGCUCAACCCUGAACGUAUCACAUUUGGAAAUGCGACGUUACUGAACCCCGCUACCUUGCUCCCCAAUUCGGAACCCACUGUUUGGGUACCUCAUGACUGUCAUCAGAUAUUGGCAGAAUACCACGGGACCAGGGAGGAUUUGACUGAUUGCCGGCUCCCUGAUGCAGAUUAUACCUGGUUCACAGACGGCAGCAGCUUCUUUAAAGAAGUUUUUAUAGACACCUUCUCCGGUUGGACUGAAGCUUUCCCCACCAAACGAGAAACGGCUCAAAUGGUGGUGAAGAAGAUACUAGAAGAUAUUUUUCCUCGGUUUGGCCUGCCUAAGGUAAUCGGGUCUGACAACGGCCCAGCCUUUGUCUCCCAGGUAAGUCAGGGUAUGGCCAAGACACUGGGGAUUAAUUGGAAAUUACAUUGUGCAUACAGACCCCAGAGUUCAGGACAGGUAGAAAGGAUGAAUAGAACCAUAAAGGAGACUUUAUCCAAAUUAGCUUUGGAAUCUGGCGUUAGAGACUGGGUACAGCUCCUUCCCCUAGCCCUGUUCCGGGUGCGGAACACCCCUUCUCGGCUUGGACUUACUCCCUAUGAGAUCCUAUAUGGGGGGCCUCCCCCAUUGGCCUCCUUUAGGGCCCCUCCUGACCCCGCUACUCACAAACCUGAUUUGCAGGCGCGGCUAAAAGCACUUCAGAUCGUCCAGGCCCAAGUGUGGAGACCCCUAGCUGCUGCCUACCAGCCUGGGCAUCCGGAGAUCUCGCACCCGUUCCAGGUUGGCGAUUCUGUGUACGUGCGGAGACAUCGGUCCCAGAACCUUGAACCUCGCUGGAAGGGACCCUACACCGUGCUUCUUACGACACCUACUGCCCUCAAAGUGGACGGUAUUGCAGCCUGGAUCCACGCGUCUCACGUCAAGCCGGCACCUCCACAGGACGACCCAGAACUUUCCAAAUGGAAGCUUCAGCGUACCCAAAAUCCUCUAAAACUGAGACUAGUCAAGGAAGCCUGAUCCUGUCAAGCUUGCUGUUCUUUGCCCUGGUGUUUCCCUCCACAUAUAGUGCUAAGAACCCCCAUACACCUCAGAACUUAACUUGGACUCUGACUAACUUUGAGACUGGGCAAGUCUUGAGGCUAGCCACUGGAGUUCAUCCCCUAGGUACCUGGUUCCCCCAGCUAAAGUUUGACCUAUGUGCCCUAGCAAAAGACUCUUGGGGAGAUACUGAACGAACUCCCGAGAACUCUUAUCCUACAUGCAGAUAUUCUGAAUGGUAUAUUUGUCCUGGGGGAAGACGAACUUGGCAAUGUGGGGGGGCUGAAGUAUUUUAUUGUGCUGCCUGGGGAUGUGAAACCAGUGUCAGUACCUCCUGGUUGGGGGCUAGCAAAGAAGACUUAGUCACUUUCACUCGUACCACAUCAGGGGAAUCUGAAAUCACAAUCACCUUCACGGAGAAGGGAAAAAAGGUUAGUUGGUUAACAGGCAAUAUAUGGGGUUUACGGUUGUAUAAUCCAGGAGGGGAAGACAUAGGAAUUCUGUUCACCCUAAGAAUUGUUAUAACACCUCCCAUGACCAUGGCACUAGGGCCCAACCCGGUAUUGCCUGACCAGGGACAGCUAGCCCUGGCUGAGGUCCCCCCCCCUUGCCAGGGCCUUGGGUCCCCCUUCAAGUCCUAAAAAUCUUCCUGCUACCCCUGCUUCACCGCUGGCACUCUCUAAUACAGGCCAGCGAUUGUUUAAUCUAAUAGUGGGAGCUUUUUCUUUGCUGAAUAGUACUGACCCCAAUAUGACAGAAUCUUGCUGGCUAUGCCUAUCAGCAGGACCCCCAUACUAUGAAGGGAUUGCAAUAUCUGGGGGUUUCAAUAACACAACUAGCCAGGAGGGCUGCGCUUGGGGAGUUAGUCAUAGACUAACUCUUACAGAGGUUACUGGUGCAGGGACAUGCUUGGGAAAUCCACCGGCUGCUUACAAACAUUUAUGUAAUGAGACCCUUAAGAGCCCUAAAACUGCUAAAACUGGAUACCUGAUCCCCGAUUCAGAUAAAUGGUGGGCUUGUAGUACAGGCCUGACGCCUUGCGUGGCAACAUCAGUUUUUGAUGGUACCAAAGAUUACUGUGUGCUUGUUCGACUAGUUCCAAGGGUCAUUUAUUAUCCUGCUAACACAUUUGAGGAUGAAUUUGACAGGCACUCGAGCCGUUAUCGGCGAGAGCCCAUCUCUAUGACUCUAGCAGUGAUCUUGGGCCUUGGGGUGGCAGCUGGUGUUGGCACCGGUACUACUGCUCUAGUGCAGAGUUCCAAAAUUCCCCAACAUUUUGAGGAAUUAAGAGCAGCUAUUGACCAGGACUUAAGGGCCCUAGAACAAUCUAUCACCAAGCUUGCAGAUUCAAUAAUCUCUCUUUCCGAGGUAGUGUUACAAAAUAGGCGCGGGUUAGACUUGCUAUUUCUUCAAGAAGGAGGACUCUGUGCUGCCCUAAAGGAACAAUGUUGUUUCUACGUAGACCACUCUGGGGUAAUUAAAGAUUCGAUGGCUAAGCUCAGAGAGAGGUUAGACAAGAGACAGAGAGAGAGAGAGGCACAUCAAAAUUGGUUUGAAGGCUGGUUUAACCGCUCCCCCUGGUUCACGACACUCAUUUCCACCAUCACUGGUCCCUUGAUCAUUCUAUUACUCAUCCUAACCUUUGGGCCCUGCAUCCUCAAUCGACUCCUGAUGUUCAUUCGUGAGCGACUUAGCAUUACUCAAGCUUUGGUGUUGACCCAGCAAUAUCAUGCCCUUAGGGAUAAUCCCUGAGAAUCUCAAGAUUGAGAUUCGACCAAAUCAAAGGGGGGAAAUGAAAGACUUUGAGACACCUUAGCACUACUGCACCCCCCAUCCUGGGAACCAGGCCUCUAGCAUUAGGAGGCACCUUAGCACUACUGCACCCCCCUUCCUGGGAACCAGGUCCCUAGUAACCAGCCACGCGUGCACGGGAGCUUUGAGUACUUUCCAUCCCCAUUGUAGUCUUUCUCCAAUAGACCCGGACCCUGGAACUGGGGUGAGACGACCUGCAGGUGUUCCUCCUUGUAACCGCCAUAACAUUGAUCAAGUAGAGUUAGCUGACCAUUGUAUGAACUAGUCAAAACAGUUGACAAAUGAUUUUUGGACUUUCCCUUUGAUUCUGUACUACCCCCUCCCUGAAUUUGUGGUUUUUUCCUUUAAAAGAGCUUGUAAUAGACAAAGCAGGGUCCUUCUCCUCUCGAGGCUGAGGGACCUCUGCCGUGGCAGAAUAAAAAUUCCUCUUGCUAUUGCA